AUGGAAUCAAGUGGCACCCCCAAUGCUGUGCCUGAUGCAGUGGCAGCGCCGUCUGCGCCGUCUGCUGGGGACCUAAUUCUUCAACAGAAAGCACAGACGCUCCAAAAUUCCCAACAAGCGUCCCAAGCUGGGGAUGGUGGUCUCUUGUCGCAACUAACAAGCAAUCCCUUAUUCACAGCUGGAUUUGGUCUUGCAGGUCUAGGAGCGGGUCUCACAUUUGCUCAAAAAGGAGUUCGUCACGGCGCAGCUUUGUUGCGUCGCCGUAUGUUGGUGGACGUCGAGAUCAGCAUCAAAGAUGAUUCAUAUCCAUGGUUUCUUCAUUGGAUGACCCUAUAUCAGCAAUCACAGCUUGGUGCAGCCCGUGCCGGGGCAGCCAACUCCAGCUUUAUGGAUCGCCUACUUCAAAAAAUGACCCCCGGAAUGCGCCACCUCUCCAUCCAAACACAGAAACUCGAACACUCAAACGGUGCGAUUCAUACACACUUCUCCCUGGUACCCGGGCCAGGAAAACACGUUCUUCGCUACAACAAUGCCUUCAUUUUCGUCAAUCGCGUACGCGAAUCAAAGUCCCGGGAUAUUCAAACUGGAAAACCGUGGGAAACGAUCACUUUGACCACACUCUACUCUCAUCGACACAUAUUUGAAGAACUGUUCAAGGAAGCGCAUGCAUAUGCUGCGAAGUCGCAUGAAGGAAAAACGACCAUAUAUAACAGCUGGGGUACCGAAUGGAAACCAUUCGGUAACCCGCGACGCAAGCGUCCGAUAGAGUCCGUGGUUCUUGCCGAGGGCGUUAAAGAGCGCAUAGUGGACGACGUUCAAGAUUUUAUCUCUAGCUCAUCUUGGUAUCAUGACCGUGGAAUUCCCUAUCGACGUGGCUACCUGCUUUAUGGACCUCCAGGAACUGGUAAGAGUUCCUUUAUUCAAGCACUGGCAGGCGAGUUGGACUACGACAUUGCAAUCUUGAAUCUGAGUGAGCGUGGAUUGACCGAUGACCGAUUAAAUCACCUUCUAACCAUCGUUCCUAAUCGAACUUUGGUUCUGCUGGAAGAUGUAGACGCGGCCUUUUCGAAUCGACGUACCCAAACCGAUUCUGAUGGGUAUCGUGGGGCUAAUGUCACAUUUUCCGGUUUAUUGAACGCACUUGAUGGAGUGGCUAGUGCCGAAGAACGCAUUAUAUUCCUCACGACGAAUCACGUUGAGCGGCUUGACGAGGCCCUGGUCCGACCGGGGCGCGUGGAUAUGACUGUUCGUCUUGGCGAAGUAUCACGUUACCAGGUUGGUUGCCUCUGGGACCGAUUCUAUGAAGAGCUUGAUACCGAUGGGUCUCACCGAAAGAUCUUCCUUGAUCGACUGCAAGAACUUGGAUUGAUUGAGGAUGAAAGCGGGUUCAAGGCCGAUCGCUCCAGGAACACCAGCGCAGCAGCUCUCCAAGGACUGUUCCUGUAUAACAAAGGUAAUAUGGAGGGCGCAGUAGCUAUGGCCGAAGGACUUACCUAUUCGGUGCAUGAUGAGGCUAUGGAACAUAGCCAAGGCCCCAACGAAUAA